AUGUGGUGCAAUAAUACGGGUGUCAUCAUCAUCAUCUUUCUGAUGCAGGUUUUCAGCCCCGUCCAGGGGAUAGUGAAUCCCUCGAACGAGACGGCCAACACGGUGAUCUUCAUGCUGCCCGAGAAGGACUUGGGACCGGAGGUGUGGAAGGCGGGAAUGAGUUGCCUAGAUAGCUUUUCCCAAAUCUUCUUCUACCGCAAGCCGACGGAGCGCUUCACCAGAGCCUAUAACCUGAUGCUGGUGCACGCUUACCAUCUGUCCAGUCCGGCGGAUCAGAUCCAGGAGGGCUUCAGCCAGCUCAUCAACGAAGCAGCCACGUCUCCAGGGCCGCCACAUAGGGAGGAGCUCUUCCAGAUGCGCGUGGCCAGUGACUACAGCAGAUCGAACGAGACCGAUGGACAGGGAGAGCUGAUCCUAGCGGACAAUUAUGUGAUAGUGGUGGACUCGGUGAAUCGCUUGAAAAAGCUGAUGAAGUACAAAAUGGUCAGAAUGAGAUCCUGGAAUCCAGGAGCACGCUUUCUGGUGCUCUUCCAUAAUGCAACCUUGCGGGAUCGCCCGCUCGGAGUGGCCACCGAUAUCUUCAAGGACCUAAUGCACUUAUUUUACGUGCACCGAGUGGCCCUACUCUAUGCCAACUCCUCCAUGAACUACAACCUGCUGGUCAAUGAUUACUACAGCAAUGUGAACUGCAGGAUUCUGAAUGUGCAGAGUGUGGGCCAGUGCCACGAUGGCCAGCUUUACCCCAACACAGCCGUCGUCAAGGCCUCCAUGGUGGACUACGUAUCGGGAUUCAGUCCCAGGAACUGCACCUUCUUUGUCUGCUCCUCCAUCUCCGCUCCCUUUGUGGAGGCCGACUGCAUCCUGGGACUCGAGAUGAGGAUCCUGGGAUUCAUGAAAAAUCGACUGAACUUCGAUGUAAACCACACCUGCAGCCUGGAGUCACGUGGCGAAAUGGAAGGCCCCACCAACUGGACUGGCUUGCUGGGGAAAGUCCAGAACAACGAGUGCGACUUUGUGUUCGGCGGCUAUUAUCCGGACAACGAGGUGGCCGACCACUUCUGGGGAUCCGAUACCUAUCUGCAGGAUGCGCACACCUGGUACAUCAAGCUGGCCGACAGACGACCCGCCUGGCAGGCGAUGGUUGGCAUCUUCGAAGCCUACACCUGGAUCGGCAUCAUCCUGAUCCUAAUAAUCAGCUGGCUGUGCUGGUUCACCUUGGUCGAGAUCCUGCCGGAGCCGAGGUACUACCAACAGUUGAGUCUGACGGCCAUCAAUGCUCUGGCCGUAUCCAUAUCGAUAGCCGUCCAGGAGCGACCCAUUUGCGAGACCACGAGGCUGUUCUUCAUGGCCCUCACCCUGUACGGCCUGAACGUGGUGGCCACGUACACGUCCAAGAUGAUAGCCACCUUCCAGGAUCCCGGCCACCUGCACCAGCUGGACGAGCUGACGGAGGUGCUGGAGGCGGGCAUUCCCUUUGGCGGCCAUGAGGAGAGCCGCGACUGGUUCGAGAACGACGACGAUAUGUGGAUCUUCAACAGGUACAACACCUCGCCGGACUUCGCACCGCAGACGAAUAACCUGGAGGCGGUGAGGUGGGGCCAGCGCUGCAUCCUGAGCAACCGGAUGUACACGAUGCAGAGUCCGCUGGCGGACGACAUAUUCGCCUUUCCCUACAACGUCUUCAGCAGUCCGCUGCAGAUGAUCAUGAAGGCGGGAUUCCCCUUCCUCUUCGAGAUGAACACCAUCAUCCGCCUCAUGCGCGACGUGGGCAUCUUCCAGAAGAUCGACGCGGACUUCCGGUACAACAACACGUACCUGAACAGGAUCAGCAAGAUGCGCCACCAGUCCUCAGACACGGCCAUCGUCCUGACCACGGAGCACCUGAAGGGACCCUUCUUCAUCCUGGUGGUGGGCAGCUGCUGCGCCGCCCUCACGUUCCUCGGCGAGCUGCUGAUCCGGGGCAGGAGCGAGCUGGAGGUCAGCAGGAGGGCCAGGCGGACGGUCAGGAGGACGAGGCAGCGCAGAUGGAGGAAGCCGCCAAAGGACAACCGCUGGCAGCGCCAAGUUCAAGUGGCUCCAGUCGUUCGAUUUACGCCAGUCGAACGACGCAAAGUUUUCCAGGGACAAACACAAACAAGUCAAAAGUAA